UGUAUAAAAUGAUGCAGGUAAGAUAAAGCCUCUCUCUUUCUCCGUCUCUCUUCUCUUGCAGAUGCUCUGGCGUCUGGAUGAGAUGGACAGCCUGCAGGCUCCAUGAGCGCUGAGGCUGUGUAAAGUCAUUCGGCUGUUUUAGUGCAAACAUCCCCAGAGGAGUUUUGUGUGUCAUCAGGACCUUGAGACACACCCCCCCCCGCCCCACACACACACGCACACACACACACACGCACACACAGAUGUUCAACGCCUCCUUCUCGCAGUAGACCUGGCAGACUUCUGAUCUCUAAAAGAUUGAUGAGGCUCUGUCCGGGCACAGGAGGCCUGGCACUGUGUCGAUAAGGCGGCUUUCAUUUCACCACAUUUCAUCCCUCCUUUCUUCUCCUCCCUUCCUCCAUGCUGAGGGAUGCAGGGCUGCUUUUAAAGCAUGGGGGAGGAUUAUGACACACCAAGCAGUGAGAAGGACAGUGCAAUGAACAGGAAUCAUGAAAUGCUCUAGAGAGGACAGUCCCGUGUUCUUCUGCUGCUCCUCGUUGGACGGCCGUGUGGUGGUCGAGCAGGACGCUGGAGUCGGCAUGUUACUGUCAAGCUGCUGGAGCUGGAACAUAGUGAAGCUACUGAGGGACACUCAGAGCUGAGGGUAGCUGAACACACAUCACUCACACACACACACACACACACACACACACACUCAGAGUGCUUCACACAGGACAAUGUGCAACAUCUCGUUCUGUGAUGUGGACAGUAAGGUGGAUCAGUUCUUCCAGCCCACGCUCUACAUCAUCGUCAUCGUUCUGGGGCUGCCCACUAACUGCAUGGCCCUGUGGGCUGCCUACAUGCAGGUCCGCCAACGCAAUGAGCUCGGCAUCUACCUGAUCAACCUCUCGGUGGCCGACCUCCUCUACAUCAGCACUCUUCCUCUGUGGAUCGACUACUUCCUCCACCACGAUGACUGGAUCCACGGUCAGGAGAGCUGCAAACUGUUCGGCUUCAUCUUCUACACCAACAUCUACGUCAGCAUCGCCUUCCUCUGCUGUAUAUCGCUGGACAGGUACCUGGCCGUGGCUUAUCCUCUGCGCUUUGCCAAGGUUCGACGAAUCAAGACAGCUGUCCUGGUCAGUGCCAUGGUGUGGACGAUCGAGAUUGUUGCCAACUCUGCUCCACUCUUCCACGACGAGCUCUUCCAGGAUCGCUUCAACCACACCUUCUGCUUCGAGAAGUACCCCAUGCAGGACUGGGUGGCCGGGAUGAACCUCUACAGGACUUUUCUGGGCUUCCUCGCUCCGUGGACAGCCAUGCUCGUUGCGUACCGCGGGAUCCUGGCAGCGAUACGCUGCAACGUCUCCACGGAGCGUCAGGAAAAGGCCAAAAUCCAGCGGCUGGCACUGAGUCUGAUCCUGAUCGUUUUGCUCUGCUUUGGACCGUACCACAUCCUCCUCCUGGUGCGGAGCGUCAUGUUUCUGAGGAAGCCGUGUGACUGCGGCUCAGAGGAGACCUUGUUUGCGGCGUACCAUGUGUCUUUAGCGCUGACCAGCCUCAACUGUGUCGCUGACCCCAUUUUGUACUGUUUUGUCAACGAGGGGGCUCGGCACGAUGUCGGCCGAGCUCUCUCUGCUUUGUUGUCUGCAGCCUGCCACCGGCGCUCCUCGUCCUCGCCGUCGCAUGCCGACAUACUUAACGCCGGUUCGGUCACUAUGGAAACGCCUCUCGCUGCAAAAAAGCAGCCUUGUGUGUACGCCGCUGGAGGCAAGACAAGCAGCUAUAAGACUGAACUGGUGGCUCUGAAGGAGGAAUGUCUACAGAUGACCAUCCUCAGUGUUAAGAAGUGACCUUCAUUUAUGUGUAAGAGGUGAAAACAGCUCAGCGCGGUGAUGGGGGAGACUCCUGACACCGACAGGGCCUGGCAUCUUUAAGCCUGGCAGGCUGAAAUCAGAGGAUGGGUGUUACGCUAAAUGGCUAAAUAACAAGCCAGGAUGAGAAUGAGAUAGAUGAAAUACAGAAGACAUACAGUGUUGUCUGUAGCCAAGGUAGCAGCUUGCUGUGAGGUUGAAAUGCUAACACAUCAAGGAGACCUUAAGGGACUACUUUGCUGCUGUUAGAUCCUCACCACUAGUCAGGCAAACAAGAGUUCAUGGUGGUGGAGCUCAUGGUUAUAACCAGAGGGGUAUCAUUAAGAACAUCUCAGACUCCCAACAGAUUUGAGUUUGUUUAACUUUCAUUACUUCAAGCUGUAGUUUGUCAGCCAAUGAAAAGCUGCACUGCAAUGCUAAUGUUAGCAAGCAGUGCUAAUGACCGAAUGCAUACAUUUUGUCACUUGCUAAAGUGAAGAAGGCUAAUUUGACCUGCUGCUGGUAACAUAUGAAGGCUCAGUGGAUCUACAAAGUCCUCUGGAUUAAACUCCAGUGGAGCCUUGAUAUAUGUACCAGAUUGAAUCCAUCCUGAAGGGGUUAAGAUGUCAAAGUCCUGAACAAAGUCCUGGACCAUUAUACCAGCUGGCAUCCCCCACUGAUGUCGUUAACAAGGAUGUGAUAAAUCACAACAGCCUGGAUAUCUGGAUGGUUUCCAAAGGUGUCAGAAGUUAUUUUGGAUGAAUAAUAAGACCCUCUGUGCAUGGCUGAGUGGUCUGAGAGGAGACACCUUUGCAUUCAGACUGCAUGGACCCCCAACAGGACGAAGUGAGGAUGCAGGACAGCAGAGUUUGUCUAACUAAUAUGCAUCACUUUGAAAUAGGAAAGAAGAAGAGGGGGGGAGGGGUAACAAAAAUGAUUGUAGAAUACAGGUCAGAACAUUUUUUUAAUGCUUGGAAAUGUGUUUACUGUAUUUGAUGUUUUUGGUGGAAAUAAUGAAGCCUCGUUAAGUACCUCGUCUAAGCGUGUCGACGUGAUAGCAAGAACGUGUCUCUUAUGUCAUGUGAGCAAUGGUUCUUCUUCUUCUUCAUUCAGUGUCACAGCAGACAGCCAAAUUAUCAUACGACUGAGCUGACAAAGAAACCAAGAGCCUCCGACUGCAUCCCUGCAUGAUUUCAAAGUCCAGUUUAUCCGUUAUUUCAACGACAUCGUGUUGAGCGCCUCGUUCAACAGGAAAACAUUCAGAAAUUCAGAAGUCAAGAAGAAAGAUUCAAAUGCAGUUUAAGUGCUUUAUAGUUCCGACCAUCUCUUUCUCAAUCCAAACUACAUGCUGGGGCUUUGACACAUGCUGCACAGUUCACCUGAUACUGUUUACAUUCUUCUUCAGACGGAUGCCUUUUAACUACAGUCAGGACUCAGCUACAUACAGUGCAUUGUGUUUGAAUUGUUUCUAGUAACACACAGCGUACAACACAAACUCUCUUAUGUAACCUUCCUUUUGCCUUAGUUUAUACAUUCUUUGUUUGCUGCUAACAUGUUUCCUUAUAUCAGGGACACAAAUUAACAUUUAAGUAUAAAAAUGUAUUUCCUGUAAAGUCAAAAUGUCAUCCUGAAGACUUUCCAGGAUUUCCACAGAAAUCGAAAUCCAGAGGUCAGAACACACGCUGACCGUUUGAACGAUGGAUCUUUAACUUAACUCGUUUAAAUUGCUGGAUUGCUGUCUUAUUUUGCAUUAUGUUGACAACUUUCUGCCGCCAUGACAACACGAGAGAUGUCGAGGCUUGAUGUGCAAAAGACAGAAUUCUUAAAAAUGCUCAUUUUGUUAAACGACAACUUUAUAAACGAGUCCCUCCCCCCAAAGUGACCCAACUCCAUUCUUGCAAUUGAACAAAGAUUGGAUCUUAAAACUCAAUGACGUAUCCUAAAGCAGAGGUUUGAGUACCGCACAUGAAAUAUAAACCUGUUUCACCGUAAAGACUGAACACAGCUGUCACAACAAAGGCAUCUCACAUUUCUAAAACCAUGUUUGUAGCUUUAGCGUGGUCUAAAUGCUUCCUCCAAGUCUUCAUGUGCAAUCAAAAGAGGUGAUAACAUUUCAACAGACUGUCUGUUUUUACACGCAGACAUUCCUGUUCUUUAUCCAGAUCUACUGCUCAAAAGAUUACAAGCUAACAUUCCUUCAGAGGAGGCUCAGAGAACUCCUGUUUGACACAGUGCGCUCAUGGUGACAGACAGGAAGUGAGAGUCAGUGUUCAAAUAUGAUUAAGAGAUGUCAGAUAUGUCAUCUGUUCUCUGUUCAGGAUGUUCAGCCAGGUGUUUUCAGCUCGUCACUGUUGACCUUCACGCUGCUCUCUUUGCUUCUGUUGUGCAUCUGUAUGUCAGCAUGUGUGAGAGAGGAGGUACCAGGCUUCAUGAUGUGUGUUUGUUCAGCAACAAUGUCAGUGAGAAAUAAUAAAUUAUGCAUACUACA